GUCAACGCUUGAUUCACCAAUACAAGCUUUUGGCUUCUUCGAGCAACACACAGAACAAGAUGGUUACUAAAGUUUACAUUGUUUACUAUUCCAUGUACGGACAUGUUGAGAAGCUGGCUGAAGAGAUUAAAAAAGGAGCUGCUUCUGUGGAAGGAGUAGAAGCAAAACUCUGGCAGGUGCCUGAAACACUGCCUCAAGAGGUACUCGGGAAGAUGGGAGCACCUCCAAAGAGUGACGUACCAAUUAUCACACCCAAUGAACUAGCUGAUGCAGACGGCUUCUUGUUUGGUUUUCCCACAAGAUUUGGAUUGAUGGCUGCUCAAUUCAAAGCCUUCUUGGAUGCAACUGGAGGCUUAUGGCGAACGCAGGCUCUUGCUGGAAAACCUGCCGGAAUGUUCUACAGCACAGGAUCUCAAGGUGGCGGACAGGAAACCACCCCAUUGACAUCCAUUACUCAGCUUGUUCAUCACGGGAUGAUUUUUGUGCCAAUUGGAUACACAUUCGGUGCCGGCAUGUUCGAGAUAGAGCAGGUGAAAGGAGGGUCUCCAUAUGGUGCAGGCACAUUUGCAGGGGAUGGCUCAAGACAGCCUUCUGAAUUGGAAUUGGCCCAAGCUUUUCAUCAGGGCAAGUACUUUGCAGGCAUUGCCAAGAGGCUCAAGGGAUCUUCUUCAUCCGAAUGAUUUUUUUCUUUUCCUGUUAUAUAUUCUACCUUGUGUUUCAGUUCCUCAUUGCGAAACAGAAUAAGAUGCUAGCUGGGAUUUAAAAAAGAGUGAGAACGUGAUAUGAUAUUUUGUUGACAGUGUUGUCAUAGUGUAACUUGGAAUACAAUAUUUUACUACCAAUAACAAGAAUUUGCUUGCUUUUGUAUUUUGAUUGGCUUAAUGGACUUUUUGGCUCUACA